CACUAUAUGCCAGAAUACGUGGCCCCAAACUCUGUGCUGUUCAUGUGUCUUGUUUAUAUUUUUUAUUGCAAAAAUUCGUGAAUAUUCGUUUCAUAAGCCGUGAUCGGCUUCUAACAAGAUGAUGAAUCCUCAGUAUCUGCCACCUGGACAAAAUAACAAUGCACCCUCUAAUCCACUGGGCUUCCCACCAACAUCACAAGACUACAAUGGAGUACAGAAUGCCAACAUCUAUGGUCAAAUGCCACCAAAUGGCCCACAAAUGCCUAUGAAGCAGUUUGACCCUUCUGAGAUGUCAAAUAAAAUGCAAAACAUGAACUUGAAUGGACCACAAGGGAUUCCUACUUCUCAAUUGCCUCCUGGACAGUUCCCACCAGAAAGCUUUCCACCUACAUCUAACUUUGGACCUGGUCAACUACCACCCAACAUGAGGCCACCUGUUUCUAUGGCUGGAAGGCCACAAGGGAAUGAAGCUUCACCAUUUCCACCUCAAAUGCAACCUCCCAUGUCUACAGCUUCCACCCAAGCCCAAGGUUUCAGUCAAAUUCCUGGCAAGGAAGGGCAAUUUCAAGGACCACCUCCCGGACAAAUGGUUCAAAGCCAGUCUAAGCCAAUGGUAUCCCAACCAGGGCCUCCUCCAUUGGGACAGCCUGGUGCCCCACCACAAAUGUCACAGAUGCCUCCACAUUCUCAACCUGGGCUUCCACCUCAACCUGGGAUGAUGGGGAGACCUCCCAACGGUCCCGAACAGGCAAAGCCACCACAAACGGGUGGUUUUCAAGGUAUGCCACCACCAACUGGUCAACCAGGGAUACAAACCCAACAGAUGCCGCCACCAGGCCAGGCAGGAUUACCUCAGAACCAAUCAGGUCUUGGUAUGCCACCCCAACAGAGUUCGCAACCUCCACAAAUUCGUCAACAGGGUGCGCCACCUGGAUUUGAUUAUCAAAGACAACCUCGAGGUCCAAUGCCAGGAUUGCCCCCGCAGCCAGGUAGUUUGCCAGGACAGAUGGGCCCUCAAGUGCCCCCCGGACCACCCCAAGCCCAAGCUGGUCUUCCUCCUCAAUCUGGUAUGCCACCCCAGCAAGUUCCUUCUUCUCAAUCACAGUUUCCAUCCAUGCCCGGCUUACCUCAUAUGCCCCCACCAUUAUCCCAAGCAAGACCUCCCUCUGGAUUUGGCCCUCCUGGACAAUCUGGCCAACAACCAAGUUCUUAUGGAGGUAUGCCACCAAUGCAACCUCCGAUGCCGGGCCAAGCACCUAGGUCUGGUCAGCAAGCAAUGGCCGGCCAACCUCCUAUGUCUGGCCAACCCCCAAUACCUGGCCAACAUUCAAUGCCUGGACAACCUCCAAUGCCAGGUCAACCAUCAAUGCAUAGCCAACCCCCAAUGCCUGGUCAACCACCAAUGCCAGGCCAACCUUUGAUGCCAGGACAGCCUCCAAUGCCUGGUCAGCCCCAUCUACCUGGCCAACCUCCAAUACCUGGCCAACACCAAAUGCCUGGACAACCCGUGAUGCCUGGCCAACCACCAAUGCCUGGUCAACAUCACAUGCCUGGACAACCUCCAAUGCCCGGACAACCUCCGAUGCCCGGACAACCUCUGAUGCCCGGACAACCUCCGAUGCCCGGCCAACCUCCGAUGCCCGGCCAACCUCCGAUGCCCGGACAACCUCAAGCUUAUCAACAGCAGCCAGGAUAUGCACCAUUCCCAGGACAGCAGCCAAGUUAUCCUGGACAGCAAUUUGCACAGCAGCCACAACAAAGGCGCCUUGAUCCUGAUCAAAUGCCUAGUCCAAUCCAAGUGAUGGCGGAUGACCAACAGAACAGAGGCGGUGUGUUUGUAACCAAUGAGAAGGGUUUGGUGCCUCCUCUUGUUACCACUGACUUCAUUGUUGAUGAUAAGGGAAACUCAAGUCCUAGAUACAUCAGGAGUUCGAUGUACAGUGUGCCUGUUACCGCAGACUUACUCAAGCAAACAGCAAUGCCGUUCUGUCUAGUUAUAUCACCAAUGGCAGAAACAGUAGGAUCCGAGCAGGAGCCUCCUGUGAUAGAUUUUGCAGCGCUAACAGGCUCCCCGACCAUGGGUCCGGUGAGGUGCAGCCGCUGCAAGGCAUACAUGUGUCCUAAUAUGAAGUUUAUUGAUGCUGGUAGACAUUUUAAAUGUGCCUUCUGUAAAGCUACUACUGAAGUACCAAUGGAAUACACGCAGUAUAUAAACAGCAUGCAGCAAUAUGGCAGAGUGCCCGCUGAGAUGGCCCUUGGUACAUACGAGAUUGUAGCCACUAAAGAAUAUUGCAGGAACAAUACGUUGCCGAACCCCCCAGCUAUAGUAUUCGUCAUCGACGUGUCUUACAAUUCUAUCAAAAAUGGACUUUUGCAGACUGUCUGCGAUAAUAUUAUGGACUUUAUUGAGGCUAUGCCCAAAGAUGAGAAUGGUAAAAGUUAUACACGCGUGGGUUUCAUCACGUAUAGUUCUACAGUACACUUCUACAAUAUAAAGGGCUCGCUGGCGCAGCCUCAGAUGCUGUCAGUAGGCGACGUAGCGGACGUGUUCGUGCCGCUGCUGGACGGCUUUCUGUCGCCGGCGGAGCAGAGCGGGCCAGUGCUGCAGCAGCUCUUGCAGCAGCUGCCGGCCAUGUUCCAAGACAACAAGGAGACGGAGACGAUACUGCUGCCUGCUGUACAGGCCGGUCUCGAAGCCCUGAAGGCUGCGGACACGUCGGGGCAGCUGCUGGUGUUCCACACGUCGCUGCCGACGUACAACGCGCCCGGCAAGCUCGCCAACAGGGAGGACAGGAAAUUGCUAGGAACUGAUAAGGAGAAACAGAUACUUAUGCCGCAGACGACGGCGUACAACGAGGUGGGGCAGGCGUGCAGCGCGGCCGGCGUGUGCGUGGAGCUGUUCGUGUGCAACAACGCGUACGUGGACGCCGCCACCGUGGGCCAGCUGCCGCGCCUCACCGGCGGACAGAUACACAAAUACACAUACUUCACCGCGGAGACGGACGGCCACCGUCUAGCGUGGGACGUGCGGCGCGUGGUGUCGCGGCCGACGGCGCACGACGCGGUGAUGCGCGUGCGCACUUCCACCGGCGUGCGCGCUACUGACUUCUUCGGACACUUCUUUAUGUCCAACACCACUGAUGUCGAAUUGGCUGCUAUCGAUGCGGACAAAGCGAUCGGCGUGGAGAUAAAGCACGACGACAAGCUGACAGGCGAGGACGGCGUGUACGUGCAGGCGGCGCUGCUGUACACGCGCCGCUGCGGACAGCGCCGCCUGCGCGUCCUCAACCUCGCCCUCAACGUGGCGCACCAGCUCGCUGACGUCUACCGCUCCGCGGAGCUCGACACCACCGUCGCAUUCCUUAAUAAACAAGCUGUGUGGGCACUACGCGAGGCGACUCCCAGCCAAGUGCGCGAGGGGCUGUCGCAGCGCUGCGCGCGCUCGCUGGCGGCGUACCGGCGGCACUGCGCCUCGCCCUCCUCCGCCGGCCAGCUGGUGCUGCCCGAGUCCAUGAAGCUGCUGCCGCUCUACACCAGCUGCAUCCUGCGCUCUGACGCCAUCGCAGGCGGUCCUGAAGUGACGUGCGACGAGCGUUCGUGUGCGAUGUACCGCGCGCUCUGCGCUGACGUGUCGCAGUCUUUGGCCCACACCUACCCCCGUUUGCUGCCGCUGCACACUGUCCUGCAAGCUCCCUCCGCCCCACUCACCCCCCUGCGAGCCUCCAUAGACAAGAUCUCCGAUCACGGGAUAUAUCUACUAGAGAACGGCGUCCACAUCCUAAUCUGGGUGGGCUCGCUGGCGCCGAGCGCGCUGGUGGCGGCGGUUUUCGGCGCCCCCUCGCCGCAGCAGGUGGACACGCAGGUGUGCGAGCUGCCGCACCUCGACACGCCCGCCAGCGCCGCCGCCAGGGACCUGGUGCACCAGAUACGUCUCCAGCGCCGCUGCGCCAUGCGGUUAACAAUAAUGCGUCAACACGACAAGCUGGAGACGGUGUUGAGGCACUUCCUGGUGGAGGACCGCGGCGUGGAGGGCAGCGCCUCCUACGUCGACUACCUCUGCCAGAUACACAAGGAGAUACGCGCCUUGCUAUAGCGUUAGCAUCUAAUGUCAUCACAUGCGAAUGAUGGGCCAACAUAUUUGAAACACCCUCUAUAUACUCUGAUUAGUAUUUCAGAAUAACAUGUCGAAAUAAUAGGUUUGACAAUUUGAACACUCUGUAUACACAUUUUUAUAUACAUUUCAGUGUACUUUGAACGAAAUAGUUUGGAAAAAGUGAACACCUGUAUACACUAGACUGUUUCUUUUCAAUAAUUUAGGAAAAGUAAACAGCCUAUGUACAGUUUAGAAGUUAUAUAGUUUGUCUAAAUAAGAUAGAUUAGUUUGAUAAAUGACGCAUAUGAAGUAUCGAAUUUAAUUUGUAUGAAGG